CUAGGGGGCGGGGCUGGGGCAAGAUGGCGGCUGUGCGGCGAGGGAGCGCCCCCUCCACGGCCCUCUCGUCGGUGCCCCUGCAGAUGUUGAUGUGUCUCAGUGGGACAUGUUCCGCCCUGUACUUCCUGGCCACGCUCCUGAUGAUCGCGUACAAAAGUCAGGCGUUCAGUUACCCUCAGGAGCGCCUGGCCCUCGACCUGGCCCUGCUGUCGCUGAUGGGGGCUCUGGAGGCGCCCCGGCUGUACCUUGGCACCAAGGGCAACCUGACGGAGGCUGAGGGGCCACUGGCCGCCAGCCUGGUCCUCACAGUGGCCAGCGCCCUGCUGUCUGUCUACUUCCUGCUCUGGCAGACCCUAGUGCUGUGGGCAGACGCGGUCCUCAGUGCCACGCUCCUGGCAGUCCACGGGCUGGAGGCUGUCCUGCAGGUGGUGGCCGUCGCCGCCUUCGUCAGCUAGAGAGGCGAUGUGUGGCCUCGAGGACCACCCGGACGGGGCCCCUCCUGGGAGCCCUGGCCGGGAGCCAGCGGGCUUUGCCUGCUGCCUUCCAGAAGGAGCAGCUUCCUGGUGGCAUCCCUGGCUGGCCAGGAGCCCCGCAGCACAGCAUUCCGUGGGGUCGUCAUGUCCCUGAGUGUUCAUGCAUCUGCACGGUGGGAAGCAGCUGUGUGGCUGAGACAGAGCCAGGGGUCCUCGGCCACUCAGGCCAAGCCCUGGACUGGAAGCUCCAGAAGAUGCAGCGGAGCCUGCGGUGCGUGCAGGUUCCUCCUGCCGCUCCUACCCCCGGGACUCUGACCCGUCAACGCCCACGAGGGGCUGUGGGACGGCUCCCUGCCCCAAGGCUGGCGGCUGCCACUUCAGGGCUUGCACGCCCCGGCUUUGGUCGUUGGAGCGUCAGUCACGUUUGCGCUUGGCACCAUGAGAACCCAGGUCUCGUAAGCCGAUCCCUUCUAGUAACUCUUCUCCGUUGGUUCCUAUUGCAGGUUUUCUGUUUGGGAGUGACAUGUUCAAAUGGAUGUGUAGCUUCUCUACACCGUGUUUUUAAAAUAAAGAACUGUUUAU